UAUAUAUAUUCAACUAUUUCAUUAAAAAAUUGUUAUUUGUUAUUUAGAAUAAAAACACUUUUAACAUAAGUAAAACAAGAAGAGUAAAAAUGAAGCAUUGGCAAUUAGUAUUUUUUUUGAUGACAACUUCUUGUUUGAAAUUUAAUGAAGGAAUUGUAAAUAGAUAUUCGGAAGACAAAAAUAAAUGUCAAUUUAAAAAAGGUACGACGAGUACAGCUGCUAAAAUCGGUGACAUAGGAACAUUAAAACUUGCUUACGAGAGUGGAUGUGAAUGGGAUGAUGAUACAACAAAAAAAGCUGCUGCGAAUGGGCAUUUGGAAUGUCUAAGAUAUGUACAUGAAAAUGGAUGUAAAUGGGAUGAAAAAACCACAAAAGCUGCAGCUGCCAAAGGACAUUUAAAAUGCUUAAAAUAUGCACAUGAAAAUGGAUGUAAAUGGGAUGAAAAAACCACAGAGGCUGCUGCAGCAAAUGGAAAUUUGAAAUGCUUAAAAUAUGCUCAUAAGAAAGGCUGUAAAUGGGAUAGGAAAACAACAAAGGCUGCUGCUGCAAAUGGCCAUUUGAAAUGCUUAAAAUAUGCUUAUGAAAAGGGAUGCAGAUGGGAUAACGAUAUAACUAUAGUUGCUGCAGAAGGAGGCCAUUUAGACUGCUUAAUGUAUGCUCAUGAGAAGGGAUGCAGAUGGGGUGAAGAAACAACUACAGUUGCUGCAGAAGGUGGUCAUUUAGAUUGCUUAAUAUAUGCUCAUGUAAAUGGAUGUCAAUGGAAUGUGUGGACAGCAGACGCAGCAGCAAAUUAUGGUAAUUUGGAAAUCUUAAAAUACGUUCAUGAGAAAGGCUGUAAAUGGGAUCGAAAAACCACAAAAUCAGCUGCUUUAAAUGGAAAUAUAAAAUGCUUAAAAUAUGCUCACGAAAACGGUUGCGAAUGGGACAAAGAGACAACUAGAGCUGCUGCACAACGUGGCCAUUUAGACUGCCUAAAAUAUGCUCAUGAAAACGAUUGCGAAUGGGACGAAGAGACAACUAGAGCUGCUGCACAAGGCGGCCAUUUAGACUGCUUAAUUUAUGCUCAUGAAAAUGGCUGUAAAUGGGAUGAAACUACAACAGUGGCGGCUGCACAAAAAGGCAGUUUAGAGUGUUUAAAAUAUGCUCACCUAAAUGGUUGCAAUUGGGACGAAGGAAUGACUAUGGCUGCUGUAUUAGGAGGUAAUUUGGAUUGUUUAAUAUAUGCACAUCAAAAUGGAUGUGGUUGGAAUGACAUAAUAACGCAAAUAGCUGCUUUUAGAGGUGAUUUAAAUAUGAUGAAAUAUGCUCAUGAAAAUGGUUGUCCUUGGUCUAAAAACACAUUAUUUAUAGCUGCUGAGAAUGAUAACUUAGAUUGCAUAAUAUAUGCUCACAAAAAUGGAUGUCCAUGGAAUGAAAAGACAACUGGAGUUGCAGCUUAUAAUGGUAACUUAGAAAUAUUAAAAUACAUACAUGAAAACGGUUGCGAAUGGGAUAAAGAAACAUUAUUAUUAGCAGCUACGAAGGGUAAUUUAGAUUGUUUAAAAUAUGCUUAUGAGCAUGGAUGCCGCUAUUGGGUCGAAGGUACUACUAGAGGAGCUGCUAAAAACGGACAUUUAGACUGUCUGAAAUAUGCUUAUAACAAUGGUUGUCAAUGGGAUGAAGGCACGACAAGGGAAGCCGCUGCGAAUGGUUUCAUUGACUGUUUGGUAUUUGCUUGUGAACACGGUUGCGAAUGGGACGAAGAAACAACUAGUGUUGCUGCACAAGGUGGCCAUUUAGACUGCUUAAUAUAUGCUCAGAAAAACGGUUGCGAAUGGGACGAAGAAACAGCUACAGUUGCUGCACAAGGCGGCCAUUUAGACUGUUUAAUUUACGCUCAUGAAAAUGGAUGCAAAUGGGACAAGGAAACAACUAGAGGUGCUGCACAAGGCGGACAUUUAGACUGCUUAAUUUACGCUCAUGAAAAUGGAUGCGAAUGGAACAAAGAAACAACUAUAGUUGCUGCACAAGGCGGCCAUUUAGAUUGCUUAAUUUAUGCUCAUAAUAAUGGAUGUGAAUGGGAUGAAACAAUAACGAAACAAGCUGCACUUAAUGGUGAUUUAAAAAUGUUAAAAUACGCUCAUGAAAAUGGAUGUAAUUGGGCCACACGUACAAUAAUUUCAACUGUCGAAAGUGGUUGUUUGGAUUGCUUGAAAUAUGUCCAUGAAAACGGCUGCGAUUGGGAUGACGAAACGACUAGAGUUGCAGCAGAAAACGGAUAUUUGGACUGCUUAAAAUAUGCUCAUGAAAAGGGAUGUAAUUGGGCUGCAUAUACAAUAAUUUCUUCUGUCUUGUUUGGAUAUUUAGACUGCUUAAAAUACGCUCAUGAAAAUGGAUGUAAAUGGGAAGAAGGAACGACUAGAAUUGCUGCAAGAGGUGGCCAUUUAGACUGUUUAAUAUAUGCUCAUGAAAACGAAUGUCCAUGGGAUAUAGGCACUACAAAAGCGGCGGCAAAUAAUGGUCAUUUAGAAUGUUUAAAAUACGCUCAUGAAAACGGAUGCAAAUGGGAUAACGGCACAACUAGAGCAGCUGCUGCACUCGGUUAUUUUGAUUGUUUGAAAUAUGCACAUGAUAAUGGAUGUGAAUGGGACGAAAUAAUAAUGGAAUUGGCUGUUUCUAGAAGUGAUUUUAAAAUAUUAAAAUAUGGCUACGAAAAUGGACAUCCAAUGAAUGCAAACGCAUAUAGAGCUGCCGUUUUAAAAGGUAAACUAGAAAUAUUAAAAUAUGCUCAUGAAAAUGGUUAUAAAUGGGAUAAAAAAGCAACAUGGUUAUUUGCUGCUAACGGUCAUUUACAAUGUUUAAAAUAUGCCCAUGAAAAUGGUUACGAAUGGGACGAAGGAACAAUUGUUGCAGCAGCCGUGCAUGGUAAAUUAAAUUGCCUAAAAUUUGCCCGUCAAGUUGGAAGGGAUUGGAUCGAAGGUACAAUGAGAGGGGCUGCUUCGAAUGGACAUUUAGACUGCCUUAAAUAUGCUUAUAAUAAUGGUUGCAAAUGGGAUGAAGGCACCACGAGGGAAGCCGCCGCGAGCGGUUGUAUUGAAUGUUUGAUAUUUGCUCGUGAAAACGGUUGCGAAUGGAGUGAAAAUACAAAAGUUACAGCUGUCUUGCAUGGUCAUUUUAAUUGUUUAAAAUAUGCUCAUGUAAAUGGUUGUCCUAAUUAGAUUUCCAUUGUUUUUAUUAUCAUUAUUAUUUUUAUGUUAAUUUAUGUUGGUAAUUUACAUUUUAUUUUAAAUAAUUAUACUUAAUAUCACCAAAGGUAAUAAUGUUAUUGAUAGCAUACUUUUUUUUUGCUAAAUAAAUCUUCUAAAUUUUGUAUUUAUUUCACGAAGUA